CUCCGCAAAGCAAAGGCUAUCAUCCUUACCUUUGGAGGAAAAAAACGCCGUACAUUAGUGACUACAGAUCAAGAACAUUUCGGCUUCUUUGAUCGGGUUUCCUGCCGUGGAUAUCUGUUGAAUUGACUUUCGAAGACUGAAGAGUAGCUAAACGCUAUUUUUAUUUUUUGCACGGAUUUAACGAAUGUGAAGUUUUGGAGGACUAACGUCAGUAUCAACACAUUCGUGGAAAAAACAAAUGACGGAUUCCUACUAACCUUUUGAACGCCUUCGAACUCCAUGAUCUUAUAACGUUAACCCAAAGUUUUAACCUUUUGUGAGGUGGCUAAGCUCAAGUCAUCCAUACAAGAUUUCCAAGGAUACGCUGUGUAACUCUCCUGCCCCUAUCCACUAAUCUAACUGCCCUGUGGUGAUCAGAUUUGCAGUCUUCACCAGCAGCGAUGACAGCUUAUCCAUCAUCCUGCUCUCUCCCACCACCUGCACUGGGUCAGUCUGUGACACUGCACUGUGAAAGCAGACCCUCGUGUACAGCCAGCUGAAGUGUGUGUGAGACACAGCCCACAGUUGAGAUGGAUUUGGGGCUAUUGGUCCACAUUUGCGCCUGUACCUGCACUGACUGUUGGAAGCAUCGGAGUGGCUGCUGGUAAGGGACCCCCAGCAGCACCAGAAUGCUAGAAUGCCUAUCACUCAGGAAAACGCCCUCAGCAUCCUUCCACUUCUGGAGGACUGGCCUGGGGCUCAGACAACAAGAUCGCAGCAGGACCAGGACCUGAUCAAGGACCAUUGUGGUUACAAGCUUGUGGACUCCUGCCAGAAUGGAGAAGGGGAUAGUAUGUGCAGUAGAGGCAGUUUUAACAGUCUUAACGUUGAGGAUAUAUCCCUGUGUCUGGCUGCCAUUCAGAAGUUGGUGGAGUACAUUAAGUUCAACUUCAUGGAGGGUGACAUAACUCCAUUAACCAGCCUGUCCUCCUACAAAGAGGGAUUAGAUGUUGAGGUCCAUGCCGUUUCCCUCAAUAAAGAGGAGGGAGAUACCAUGGAGUUUGGCCUCAGCUUUGGGAACAUCCCUAUUUUUGGGGACCCUGACAGAAGAAAGAAGGGAGGCCCUAGGAGGAGGAGGGACCAGGGCCCCAUCAUGGAUGUAGGAUGCAUCUGGGUGACAGAAGUGAAGAAGAGGAGCCCUGCAGCCCGCUGUGGGGGGAUCAAGUUGAGAGAUGAACUGCUGUCACUGAAUGGGCAGCUGAUGGUGGGAGUAGAUGUCAGUGGAGCCAGUUACCUAGCUGACCAGUGCUGGAGUGGAGGCUGUAUCUACCUAAUCAUGCUGCGACGAGUCAAGCGAAAGGCUCCUCCCCCUCCCCAUAAUGUCAAUGGCAUUGUCAAUAGGCAUGUCAUCAGGGAGCACUGUGGAGACCAGCUGCAGGACAGAGCAGCCACUGAGUGCUCUGACAGCUCAGUAAACUUCAAACGCACACGCAAGUUUGGUGUCACAUCACGUUCGCCCUUUAAUCAAGACAACAGGAACAUGGAUGAUGCAGAACUCGAGAGCUGUUAUAAUGGUGACAACUCCCCUAUUCCAACUGAUGCAGAAAUCAGUACUCAAGGUGAAGACUCAGGUUGCAUCCUCACACAUACACCAACAAAGGAAAGCCCAGGAUCCUUUUCUCAGAUGGGAACAAGUCUACAUAGUGGCGGCACUGCCACCCUGCCUGCAAGGUGUCAUAGUCAGCUGUUAGAAUGCAAAAUCAAUUCUUUCAGCAGUGAACCCUCAAGCCAGGCUAGAGGGAGCAACUACAUCUGGAAGAUGCAUAUGGUGAAGGGCCAGGAAGGCUUGGGCAUACAGAUAACAGGGGGGCGGGGCUCCAAGCGCUCUCCUCACGGCAUCAUCAUUGCUCGUGUAGAGGAGGGGGGUGCCAUUCACAGGGAUGGUCGUCUUCAGGCUGGUGAUGAGUUGCUGAUGAUUAAUGGUCAGUCUCUGGUGGGUCUUACUCAUCAGGAGGCUGUUACUAUACUUCGCUCCACUACUGGGCUGGUCCAGCUAGUGGUUGCCAGCAGGGAGGAAUCAGAUGUGGGUUUCGAGCGCUUCCCAUCCACCAGUCUGCCUGACCUUGUCAGCACCUGCAAUUCCACGUCCUUUCUAUCUCAGACUGUCCCCCCUCCUUCACCCCAGACCUCCAACUGCAGCACUAGCUUGCAUGACCCUUACCUGCUGACCAACCUGGAGAAUUCAGAAGAUCAAAGUCAGGGAGAGGCAUCCAAAGGAUCCUGCUGCAGCCCGACACCUGUAAAGCUUUGCAACCGAUCUCAAGGGGAGAACAGUCGCCUGGAAUCAGUGGGCGAGGAUGAUGAGCUGUUUGUGGAGAAUGGUGUAAGCAGCUGUGUGAUGGAGAAGCCUCCCCCUGGCCGACGCAAACACUCCUUACCUCAACAACUUGAUACUGCUGGAGUAAGACAGGAAUAUCAGAUAAUUAAGAAAUCUGCCCGCUCCCUGAGUACCAUUCAAGUUGAGUCUCCAUGGCGACUGGCACAGCCAUCCAUUAUCUCCAGUAUAGUCCUAAUGAAAGGCCAGGGCAAGGGCCUUGGGUUCAGUAUUGUUGGUGGGCAGGACUCGGCCCGUGGUCAGAUGGGGAUUUUUGUCAAAACCAUUUUUCCUCAUGGCGCUGCAGCAGCAGAUGGACGACUGAAAGAGGGAGAUGAGAUUCUGGAAGUGAACGGAGAGUCUCUUCAAGGACUCACACACCAACAGGCCAUCCAGACCUUCAAGCAACUGAAGAAAGGUGUUGUGACACUGACAAUUCGAACGCGUCUGCGUAGUCCCAGUCUGACACCCUGUCCAACCCCCACCCUGCUCAGCCGCUCCAGCUCACCCAACUCCAAUAACAGUGGGGGCAUGCCUGUCCCCUCAGGAUAUGAAGAGGCUGAUAGCCGCCGGGGCCCAGGUCCUGGUCCAAAAGACUGCAUCAUUAUGGAGGUCACACUUAACAAAGAGCCUGGUGUUGGUUUGGGGAUUGGAGUUUGCUUUCUGACCCUGGAGAACUCUGCUCCUGGCAUCUACAUCCAUAGUCUGGCAUUGGGAUCUGUGGCAAAGAUGGAUGGCCGUCUUAGUCGAGGAGAUCAGAUACUAGAGGUGGAUUCAGUCAGUCUUCGUCAUGCUGCUCUCAGUGAGGCCUAUGCCAUCCUCAGUGAAUGUGGACCAGGACCAGUCAGUCUUAUUAUAAGCAGGCACCCUAAUCCCAAGGUGUCAGAACAGGAGAUGGAUCACAUCAUUGCUCGAUCCACCCACAAGGACAAAAUCAGCAAAACCAGAGCUCCAUCCUGUAAGAGCCCGUACCCAACAAUGAAGGACAGACAGGGAGAUGGCUCCCCUGCUCUCAGCUGGACCAUGAAGAGAUUCCUUGAGCCUGCCAGUAGACAGGGGUCUCUGAGCUCAGAGACAGAAUUAUCACAGUUCUUCACCCCGGAUGUUUCCUGUCACUCUUUCCUGUCUGAAUCCAUGCUGAUGAGCUCAAUCAGUGAUGAGAUACUCCACCAGCAGAGCUGCAUUACCUCCAUGGAAGAGAACACAUCACAGGCACAUGAAGCAGAGAAUGGCCUUAUGUGCAAUGCAUCACAAGACCAGAUUGCUGUCCAUCUUAAUCACCAUGUAGAGGCAGUGUGCCAGCCCGUUGCUGUCUCUAGUCCCACCACCCUGCGCAGCCCGCUUCUCCGUCAGCGACCAGUGAUGCGCUUUGAUGAAGAGCUUAGUGAUGAUGACCCUGACAACGCUGGAAACACUGGUCUCUUCCACAAGCCAUCAAAAUCUUACCCCAUUAUUCCCAAAAGUGAUUCAGCAGCUGUAAUUGCAACAUCAUCCUUAAAUGGAGACAGUGAAGAUGGUGGGGAUUCGCAAAGGUGUGGAAGCAGUGAUGUAGUAACACCACUCAGUGAUCGUUUGUCACAAUAUGAAGAAGGUAUCACAACUAAAUCUGAGUCACUUGGUUCUGAGUCACCCAUCACACCUAUCCACUGCCCCUUUGACCACAAAGCAGGAGUGAGAUCUGGGUUGAAUAAUUUGACAAUCAGUAGUGUAAACUAUACAAAUCAAGAUGAUGGACAUUUUGAGUCAAAGCACUCCCCCAAGCUUGAGCAUAAAGCAGUGACAAGGGUCAAAAGUAUGAUGAGCAUUGAGGCACCAAACCUGCCGCAGCUGCAAAAGUCCAAAAUUGAUGAACCAUCUGCAGGCUUGGCCCCAUCACAGCUCCCAUCUGAUGCUAUACAAUGUGGGAAAAAUCCCAAGACUGCUGGGGGGUUGGUACCCCAUCAGCACUAUAAGAAGGGAGAUGCCAGUGAGCCUGUGGGUGACUGUACCAUCCAUGCUGUAACCCUGUGGAGAAGUGAGGAAGAGUCAUUUGGGCUUGACCUGGAGAUUAUGUCAUCCCCACUGAAAGUUGUCAUCACUGGAUUAAAGCCAGGGGGUGCAGCAGAAAGGUCGCAUUUCCAGGAAUCUACUGGCAAGCUGUGUCCUGGAGAUGAGAUUGUAAAAAUUGGAGAAAAACUGGUGUGCUCCUCGCACUACCAGGAAAUUGGGGAGCUCAUGCUCAACCUUCCUAUGACACUGUCUUUGGAAGUUAAGCGACCAUUUUCAGCUGUAGAUCAACUCUCCAGUUUGACAGUUUCCACCCCACUGAACCCAGCCAGAUCUGCUCAGGCAACGUCUGAGGAAGGACAAGUACUAAAUGCAAAAUCAGUGAUUUCCACUCACACAACCCAAACAGAGCAGGACUUUCAAAUACCCAUCACCAACAUAGAUGACAUCUUAUCAGAAGGAAACUUCUAUGAUGAUGAAAAUACUCACACAAGGUCCUCCUCUAAAACCUCCUGUAAUGAACCAGUACUCUGCUGUUCAAGCCAAAACACUUUAACCCUGUCUGAUAAGGCAAGCAUUCUGGUUGUAACACAGUCUAGUCCCCUUGACUGUUCCAUCUUGCAUGCAGGAAAUGAAAGAGAUGCCAUCCUCCCUGUGGAAACAACCCAUGUAAAUUAUCUAAAGAAAAACAGCUCAGCUUUUGUCACUGGAAGUCAGGAAAGCCCUAAUGUUGGUUCUAAAUGUAUAUAUGAUGAUGGUGAUGGUAGCCUCCCUGAGCCGUCCUCAGAUGAUGAAGAACUGGAGUUCUGUAACUGUGAUGCUCAGCAACCUGAUGCUGGCAGACACUCUCAUUUAGGCAAAUCAUCAAAUGGGUCUUCACCUGUUCAGCAAGCCUGCAGUCAAAAUACAAAACUGGAUCAGACUUUUGGUGUGUUGCAGGUCUCCUCUGAUGUUUCACUGACAACCAUAGUAAACUCUGGCACAACUACCCAAUGCUCUGGACUUUCUCACUCAUCAGGGGUCUUCUCUGCAGAGCAACUGUGCCAGUUUUCCAACUGUAAAAUACCUGUCUCCCCUGUAGAGAGUCUAAUUGAUAGUGUCAUUGAAUCAUGUGACAAAGUUAAAGAACGCAUGGCAUCCAGUCCUAAAAGUCUAAGCAUUUACAGGAGCCCUUCCACACCAGGUACCAACAGUGUCACUCAGGGUUUCACUGCAAAUUUAAAUGCAGAUGCCUCACUGAACCUUAAUUUAUUGAAGCAUUUGAAUACACAAAAACCCAGUUCAUCAUCAGUUGAAUUAAAUAAUUCAGGUUUGAGUUUUGGCAGAUUGGAUAGAAGAGAGUCAGCUUCUCUCAAAGAAAAAGUCUUGGAGUGCAGUAAGCAUUUAAGUUCCCAUGCUACCCCCUUGUUAACGAAGACCCCUGGCCUUAAACUUCUUGAUGAUUCAGAAGGUGUGCCAUGUAAUAAUUUUAAACUUCAGCUUGCAACUAAAAACAGACCAAACAUUAGUGUUCCCAAACUGAAGGGCCUUAGUAUUAAGAGCAAGAACAAACCACAGGAGAAUCCUCUUCAAACACCUGCUGAGACUGGGAGUACCGUUCCUACAAAUAUCAAUGCUUCCUUGAGCCAGUCAACUAAAUUGCCAUCAAUGACAAGCAUAUCACACAUUUUAGAGAACCAGCCUAGUGUGAACAGUUGGCUUGCUUUGCCAAAAUUAAGUGACAGAAAGCAAGUCACAUCUGAGCCUGGACCUUCAGGUGGCACAUUAAAACCUGCUCAGCUGGCCACAGAGAAGGACAUCACUUUUGGCUCCAAAGCAAUAGCCAAGUCACAGGGCCAAUCACAUCCACUUGCCACCGAGAGAACUUUUAUAGAAGUUCGACUAUCUUGCUUAUCUGCGUCAUCAGCACCAGUUUUAGCACGUAAUAAAACAGUUAAUUCAAAAGCAUCUAAACCCACCCAAAGAGGCACAGAUAUAAGAUUUGCACCAAUGCUUUCUCCUGCCAGUUCCACAGUAGAAAGAACAAACAGAUUGUUCAGUAACACAGUAGAUAGUUCACUUUAUUCAACUCAAGCAACUCAUUCAACCACAAGUUAUGGCUCGAAACCUUGUACUACUGUGGAGGCACAACAGUCCAGCACAUCCAGAGUGUACAUAAAAACAAUGGCAAGGCGAAGCAUCUCCACAGAUACUGCCUUGUCUGCAAACUACUAUCCCUUCUCUGUCCGGCAUAAAAUAAAGUCAUUCGAAAACUUGGCUAACUUUGACAAGCCUGUGACUAAAAACAGUGACAUUCAGUCCUAUGCUCUGGCAUACAGAGCUUCACUUAACCAAAGGAUUGCUGGUUAUAUGAGCUUGGUUAAUACUAUUGACUUCCAGGCACAGCAAAAUAAUUUUAGUUCCUUCACAGAGACUCUAAUCCCUACCACACCUUGCCCAUCUCCUCUUGGUAAAUCUAUGUCAAGCAUUGCACUGACAAACCUUGCGCAUCCACAUUCAAGCUGUAACACAACUCCCCUGUGUGAAGACAACUGUGGGGCUAAAACUGAUGGGAUUACACAAGAGACCUCACAGGUAUCAUGGAGGAAACACAGCAAACUUUCCUGCAACAAGAUGCGGAAUCUGAGGGCUCUAAGUAUGCCUGAGUUGGAAAAACUAUACAAAGAGGACUUAACCAGAGGACAUGGUGCAGCUGCAGACAAAACUGAGCCUGACAUCCAUCCUAAUAGGGCUUCAGUCACGGAGACUGUUUCACCUUCUGCAACACUGAUGAAAGUGGUUGUGAACAGAGUGAACAAAGGCAAUCAUGGAUCCACUGAAGAGACCUCUCAAGGUACCCCAGAGACCCAUCGACAACAGCCUGGCUGGUCCAUCAGUUUAAACAAGCUGGCUUCUUCUCCUGUGAGUCAGUGUAAAUUGCAAACACUGCUGUCCUCCGUGACCUGUAAAUCAUACUUGAUGGCCCUGCUUCAGGAGGCCAAGGCUCUCUCAGAGGUUGACUGUAAUACUCACCUUAUUGUCCUGAGUAAAGAUGAAGGUUCAGGACUUGGUUUCAGUAUAGCUGGUGGAGUUGACCUUGAGCAAAAGUCAAUAACUGUUCAUCGAGUCUUCACCAAAGGUGCAGCUAGCCUUGAAGGCACAAUCCAGAAAGGUGACAGAAUUGUAUCCAUAAAUGGCACAAAUGUGGAGGGCAAAACCCAUGGAGAGGCUGUGUCUAGCCUCCAUCAAGCUAGGCUGUCCAGUCAAGCCUUAGUAGUCAUUUGCAGAGACAAGGACAGUGAACUAAGUGUAUCUGGCAAACAGGUCUCGGCUAUACAGCCGAAGACGAUGCUUUCCGUCAGGAAGAAGUCUUCCAUGGCAGGAGCGGAUGUGGCUCCAGACGGGGCUUUUACAGUGGAACUUCAAAAGUCUUCUGCUGGCCUUGGCUUCAGUCUGGAGGGGGGAAAGUCCUCAAGCCAUGGAGACAGGCCUCUCAUUGUCAAACAUAUCUUUAAAGGAGGUGCUGCAGAAAUGUCUGGGCUUAUUGAAGUUGGUGAUGAGGUCAUGUCUAUCAACGGAUGUUCUCUGGAGGGCCUCAUGCACCAUGAUGUCUGCAAAAUCAUCAGAUCCACCAACAAUGGGCCCAACCACCUCCUAAUCCGCAAGCCAAUUACCUGACUGUAAUGAACAAAGACAGAAACUUCCUCAGAGGGGCUAGUGUGAAAUAGCCCCCCGAUACAGGUGAUGGGAGAAGCAAUAAAAAAGAAGACAAGAAUUUUCCAACACAAUUUUCUGAUCGACUUCUUUUAUGAUUUUGUGUUUUGCCUUGUAAAUGUGUUUGUAUUUAUAACUGGUCAAACUGGAUGGACCACUUACAAAGGGGUGUGACGGUUCACCAAAACCAUGAUUCGGUUCGAACUUCGGUUUUUGACUCACGGUUCGGUUCAAACCUCAAUUUUUUAUUUCAGUAUCAAGAACAUGAACAUUACUUAAGUUAUAUUAACUUAACCAAGUAUAACACACCUGUUUAGACCAGUCCACAAUACAUAAACAAUAUGUGUGUGUGUGUGUGUGUGUGUGUGUGUGUGUGUGUGUGUGUGUGUGUGUAUGUAUGUAUGUAUGUGAAAACCUUUGUCUGAGUCUACGUUGUCUAAAUAAAAUGAAAAUGAAAAACUCCUGUCACCAGCUUUUUAACAAAAAUAAAAAGCAGUCUACUUUU